AUGACGGAUGUGACUCCAGACCGGCCGCUAUCGCCGCCCGACGAAGAGAUGGAAAUGGAACUGGUCGAUGGCGAGGUCGAAGAACCGAAGGCAUCGACCCCCCCACCACGUAUCGCCGCACGGCUCUUCUAUCGACCUACGAACCAGACCCGUCGUAAAGAUAGCGCUGCAUCGUCGCGCCGUAACAGUAUUUCGUCGGCGCACUCCCUCUCCUCCCAUGGCCGCGGGGCUACUGGCGGGCCGCAGAGCAAGUACAUCGCCCAGCAUCUUCGCCGGGCUUCGAUCCUGGAAGACCGGAAAGCGCGUCUGGCAGAUCGGGCCGCCCAUGCGGAAAAGGUACGCCUUCGCGCGGCUCUAGUCAAAGCCGUGCCCCGGAACACGAGCGUGAGCGAGGAGAGGGCGUUGGCCGCAGCCCAGGCGCGAGAGCGUAACCUUGCCGAAAUUACUGCGGCAUGCGCCGAGGAAGUACGCCGGGCGAAAGCCGUCGCCGAAAGUAUGAAGGAGAAGCGGGAGCAAGAAAUUCGAAAGAUGAAGCUCCAGAUGGAGGAGCGCCUUGCUGAAGCCGAAAAGAGGAGGGAAGAGCUGCGGAGCCGAAAUGCUGCUAAAGUGAAAGGCAGGGAGCGUGGGCAGAGUCUCGGGAACCGCAAGCCGACCUCGGUGGAAGUGAUGCCAGAGGUCCAAGAGGGCAAGGAGCGGGAGCCGACACCCCUGACCGAGGAAGCCGCUGCGUCCAGGAUUCAAUCGUCUUGGAAAGCGACUAAGCGGAGACGCGCUGUCGCCGAAUUCUCCGCGCUGGGCCUGUCCCUUGACGCCGUCCGGGAGACAUCUUUUGAUGAGGUCACCAUGCUUUUGUCUCAGGACAAGGUGCUGGCUCUGACGGCCCGUAUUCUCCGUAUUUGCGGGCUCAAUGAGGGCGACCCAGCGUCCGUAGAAGAAAUGGCCGCGGUUAGGUCAUUUUUGAGCGCCUUCUUGAUCUUGGGCCAUCCGUCUCAGGUACUUAGCAACAAGGAGGAGGCCGAGAUCCAGGAAGAAGCAGCGCCGAGCCCGGGUCACCCGAUGCCGAAGGACAAUCUUGCGAACCCCCAGUCACAGGAACUGGUCGGUAAGGCCCGAGAUCUGCUGGUUUUAUUUGAGAACAUCCUCGGCCGAUUGACUUCUUUCAACAACUACACCCCGCCGCCAGCCCUGCUUGGCGAAUUUCCCGAGGUGUACGCCACGUUUUACAACGCCUUGAUCGCGUGGAAGGCCCGCGACUCGAGCUCGCUCGUCGACCUCAUGGUCAUGCAAUUUGUUGAGCUCGACGCCAUCUGGGAGUCAGUCAAAGACACCACCGACGGCUCCGUUGACCAGGUGUACAAGGAGAGCAUUCGAAAUAACCAGCUCAUCCUUCUCGUCCGAAUCAAGAAGUUAGCUGGCGCCUCAAAAGGCAAACAGCUGGUCGCUGACGCCGUUAAGGCUGCUCGCAAGACUAGGGCGAAGAAGCCCGUCGGGGAUACAAAGCCUCGUGUGGCUGACCAGUCCGUCACUGAGACGGCCAUGGGUGUUCUUGGUGUGGAGGCUACCCACGAACAGGGGCAAACACAAGCUCCGACGCCACCGACGACGCCUUCACGGCGGCCUGAGCCUUUCAAGGUCAGCGUUGUAGUCCCUAACGCGAAGAGUUUGUUGCCAGACAACCGGAUCGUUGUCCACGAACUGGCCAUCAACAAGGAGUUCCGCACCGAGCCACAAGAGUACCACGAGCAGCAAGAACAUCUGCUCGCUCCCCUUUUCCAGGAGAUGCGCACCACAAUGGAGACCGACAACCAGGAGGCUCAUUUCUUCCUUCUCCUUAAGGCAGCCGAACUUAUCCGCGACAAGCUCCAGCGGCUGGUGAAGUCGGGCAACUCGAUGCACACAUUCAUUGGGGAACUGCUGGAUACUGACAUCGCCAAGCGCCAAUUCGCGAUGGGCAGCUUCUCGUAUGAGAAGUUUUUCCACGCCAUGGGCACGUUGCUUCCCAAACUCUGUGCCCCCGUCAGGGAUGAGGAAGUCAAGACACUCGCGGAGGAAAAGCUGAGCCAGGGGGGCUACGUCGACCGCCUCGAGGCGCUCAACAGUUUUAUCGACGUCAUGCUCAGUGACUACGCCAACUACCUGCUGCAGCUCGCCGCUCCUCAGCUCGUCGAACAGGCAUCAGCAUACGAGGCAAAGGCAUUUUCUAACGAUCUUGAAGCCGGCCAUCACGACCUAUCCGCCGCCACAGCAGCUUGGCGCACCGCACGCGCGAAGGUCCUCGCCGAGACAGCACGUCGCGAUCCGGAGGGUAUCAACCACCCAGCCUCACGCCCCACUGCCAACCGGAUUUAUGCGCAACUGCUCGUUGAUCUAUUCACGCAGGUCGCCCCCGUCAAGCGCGAGGCUGUGCCGGAGAUGCUGCUGCUCGACCACAAGCGCAUCCUCGAGGCAGGGCGACUAACCCGCCGCAUCAUCACAGCCGGGGCGAUUCUGUUACAAUGCAAGAAUCUCCUCAAACGCGAUGUGCGUGCGCCCUGGCGGAAUGAAGCACAGAGGAUCCUAGCUGUGCUGGAGAAACGGGAUAACCCGCGCACAACAGACAUGACGCAGGAUGUGGCCGCCGAAGGAAUCGUGGCCGCUCUCGAAGCCGGCCGCUCCAUGCCGGCUGCCACUAAACGGCACCUGCGUGGUCUCGUGCAUAAGUUCCUCUCUGCUAGUGCCGAGUCAGCCGUCGCCGGAACGGAAGAAGCAGCUGCAACAGCCGCCACAGGCGAACCCAGGGAACCUGUUCUUCGUCUGCUCCUUGGCCGGCUACGCGGACAUGUAUUGGCCCGGCUGGCCGCGGCGUCGGCAAGCGAGAAGGUGAAGGCUACCAGCACAGCGGGCGAGAAACUCGCCGGACUUGGGCUCGCCGAGUUUGUCGACAAGGUGCGGGAUAUGGUGGAUAUGAUGGGCCGACUUGCCAAUAUGACGGACCGAGAUAUCCUUCCGGAUUAUUUCAAGGCGGUCCACUAUAACCUGGUGAUUAGCGACUUGGACUUCAAGAAUUGGUCCUUCAAGGGCAGUGUCCGCCCCAGUAUCGAUGGUGAGAUCGUCCAGCCGACCAAGGAGAUCGUGAUAAACACGCUGGAGCUCAAGCUGCUCAACUCCAAGGUCGUCGUUACCGAAGCCAAAAGCGAUCAAACAUGGGAGUCCACGACGUUUGCCGAAGACACCAAGACCCAACGGUCGACCAUCACCUUCCAACAAGAGCUCCCCGUGUCCGCCAAAGCGUCCCUGAUCAUUGACUUCAUCGGCCUGCUCAACCACGACAUGGCCGGUUUCUACCGCAGCCAGUACAAGCCCGCCGUCCCGGCUGCCGCAAGCGUACCCCGCGACGACGAGUUCCAUUAUAUGUUGAGCACGCAGUUUGAGGCCUGUGAUGCCCGCCGUGCUUUCCCCUGCUUUGACGAGCCGAAUCUCAAGGCGACCUUUGACUUUUCCAUCGAAAUUCCCGACGACCAGGUCGCUCUCUCCAACAUGCCCCAGAAGGAGACAAAGUCUUUGGGUGGGGGGAAGAAGCUUGUCUCGUUCGAGCGGAGCCCAGUCAUGAGCACAUACCUCCUGGCGUGGGCCGUGGGCGAUUUUGAGUAUGUCGAGGCCUUUACAGGCCGCGAGUACAACGGGAAGAAGCUUCCCGUUCGGGUCUACACAACCCGUGGGUUGAAGGAGCAGGGUCAAUGGGCGCUGGAACAUGCGCCCAAGAUCAUUGACUACUUCUCGGAGCAGUUUGAGAUCGACUACCCUCUGCCCAAGAGCGACAUUCUCGCCGUCCAUGAGUUUACCCAUGGCGCCAUGGAGAACUGGGGUCUUGUGACCUACCGGAUGACGGCUAUCUUGUUUGACGAGAAGCUGUCCGAGGCGCGAUUCCGUAACAGGGUCGCUUACGUCGUAGCGCAUGAACUUGCCCACCAGUGGUUCGGGAAUCUUGUCACCAUGGACUGGUGGGACGAGCUGUGGCUCAACGAGGGGUUCGCUACCUGGGCCGGUUGGUUGGUGACGGAUCAUCUCCACCCCGACUGGGAAGUGUGGCCGCAAUUCAUCAACGAGGGCAUGGACGAGGCGUUCUCCCUCGAUAGCGUCCGGUCUUCGCACCCUAUCCAGGUUGAAGUCCGUGAUGCUCUUGACGUCAACCAGAUCUUCGAUAAGAUCAGCUACCUCAAAGGCUGCUCCAUGAUCCGCAUGCUGGCGGCCAACCUUGGCAACAAGACCUUCCUCAAAGGCAUUGCUAUCUAUCUCAAGAAGCAUGCCUAUGGAAAUGCCAAGACGCAGGCCCUGUGGGACGCUCUCAGCGAGGCUUCGGGCGUCGACGUCAACACUCUGAUGAAGCCCUGGAUCGAGAAAGUGGGCUUCCCGGUGCUGACUGUGUCUGAAGGCAAGCAACAGAUUUCCGUCAAACAGUCCCGUUUCCUCUCCACCGGCGAUGUCAAACCUGAGGACGACCAGACCACCUGGUGGGUGCCCCUAGGCGUCAAGGGCAAGAUCGGUUUGCAAGGCGUCGAACCCCUCACGCUCACGACCAAGGAGUCGACGAUCGACGGUGUCAGUGAGGAGUUUUACCAGCUCAACGCCAACGCUACUGGCUUCUACCGGGUUAACUAUCCUGAGUCACGCUUCAAGCUCCUCGGUACCCAGCUGGACUAUCUUACCACCGAGGACAAGAUCUUCAUCACCGGGUCUGCUGCCGAUCUCGCCUUCUCCGGCUAUGCCACCACCGCGUCGUUGCUGUCGUUCAUCCAGGGGCUGAAGAGUGAGACCCACUACCGUGUACUCAGUCAGGCCCUUGACUCGAUUGCAACCCUCAAGUCCAUCUUUGGCGACGACGAGCAGAUCAAGGCCGGGUUGGAGAAGUUUACGCUCGAGCUGAUCGACAAGGCAUUGAAGCAAGUCGGCUGGGAGGCCGCUAAGGGCGAGGACUACAACAAGAGUUUGCUGCGCAAGCGCUUGCUUAUCACUGCUAUUGCCAAUGGACAUGAAGACGCUGACCUCCGCGCCCCGGUUUACCGCGCCGCCAUCCGCAAGGACCCCAACGCCGCUGUCCUCCUGCUUAAGGACGAAUGGUACAACACCUCCGCCAUCGACGGCAAGGAAAUCUGCCUCCAAGCCCUCGGCCACGCCGACGACGAGACGCUCAUUAAGAACGUCCUGCUCCCCUUCAUCUUCAACAUUUCCCCGCCUGCCUCUGCUGCGGACUCCAUUAACCCCGGCGAUAUGCACAUCCUGUCGAACGUGCUCGCGGCCAACCGCACCGGCCGCCCGCUCCUAUGGGCAUUCCUGCGGGACAACUGGGACCAGUUCAACGCCAAGCUGGGCGGGAACCCGAUCCUGGUGGAUCGCAUGGUCAAGGUCAGCUUGCCCAUGUUUACGGAUACGCAGAGCCUGGAGGAGAUUGAGAAGUUCUUUGCCGGGGUAAGUACUAAGGGCUUUGAUCGCACGCUGGAACAAGUCAAGGACAAGAUUCGGGGACGGGCGGCGUACAAGGUUCGUGACCAGGAGGGGCUGAAGCAGUGGUUGGUGCAGAGUGGGUAUGCGUGA